ACUAGUCUACUGUCUCCCCCACCAUGAAAACUCCCCCACCGAUGCUUUCCCCCAACUGCUUUUUGCCACCAUCCCUUUUUAUCCUCUUUCUGUUCGUUUCCAUCUCGAAAAUUUCCUCUUCAUCUUCCUCUUCUUCAUAUCCAUUAUUAUUCCAGGUCAUCACCACCUUUUACAUAUACACUAUAUAUAUGCACAUCGAGUCCUUAGAUCCUCUCAUUAACAAAACAUCUCAAUCUGGUGAUUAAUUAGCCUAUAUAUAUAUCGCACUAGUCGAAGCUUCAACUGAUUAAUGGCUGCAUUGGGACGUGACGUGGUGUUCGAGGAUUUCUUCCCGUCAAUGGUGGAGAAGCUCGGGUCAGAAGGGUUCUUGAAGGAGCUUCGAAACGGGUUUCGGGUGCUGAUGGAUGAGGAGAGGGAAGUAAUCACGUUCGAGAGCUUGAAGAAGAAUUCUGCAUUGCUAGGAUUGCAGGGAAUGAGUGAUGAUGAGCUGAUGUGCAUGUUGAGAGAAGGAGAUUUGGAUGGAGAUGGUUGCUUGAAUGAGAGGGAGUUUUGUGUGCUCAUGGUUCGGUUGAGCCCUGAUUUGAUGGACAAAUCAAGAUUGUGGUUUGCUGAGACCGUUGCCAAUGCGUUUUAAGUUAAUUUUGACUAGGAUUAUUAAUUAGUCUAUGCUAGGCUCUAUUAGUACCAUGUUAUUUUAUUCCCUAUGUAUCUGUCUAGCUUAUUGUAGUUCAUAGCUAUGGUACUUUUUGUUUUUGCCAUCAUUAAUUAAUGUGGUUUCUUCAGAACUCAUGA